AGAUUUUAUUUACUAAAUUGUUAAUUGUUUAUUUUAACCAACAUAAAAAAAGUUUACUCCUACUUAUCACGCAAUCUGACGAAACAAUCGGGAAUUUCCUAAAUUCUUUGAUCUCAAAACUAGAGUAGGUUUUGGGAGACUAACAAAUUGUAGCACAUACACGGAUUUUGUAUGUCUGAUUUCGAAUAUAUGUCACAGUAAAUUACUUAAAUUAAUUGUUAUGAAACGGAGUAUUAUAAAGCAUGAAACAUUCUGGACCAUUUUAUGGAGAUGGCGAGGACAGGUCGUCUAACUGGAGAAAAGGAAAAUGUCUUGGUCGUGGUAAUGGAACAACUGUUUAUCAAGUGGGCGAGACAAAAUAUGCAGCCAAACAGUUCAGUAUUUCUGAUGAUACGCCUACGGAGUUGGUGAAGAGUGUGAUGAACGAAAUAAAAGGAUUAGAAAAAGUGAGACACGAUAGAAUUAUUAAAUUGUAUGGAUACAGCAAGACUGACCACACAAUAUCUUUGUUCAUGGAAUGCAUGCUAAAGGGAUCUUUGGCAACCUACAUUAAAAACCAACCAGGUGGUUUUCUCUCAGAGGAAAAGACUUUGACAUUUACACAUCAAAUCCUGGAGGCGCUAAUAUACUUACACGAUAUGAGGAUAAUUCACAGAGAUAUAAAAGGCUCGAAUAUCUUAAUGGAGGAUGAAUUUAACAUAAAGCUAGCAGACUUUGGACACAGUGAGAUGUUUCAAACACUUUCAAUUGCAGGAACUGAUCCUAAAGGCACAUACAACUGGAUGGCACCAGAAUUGUUUCAAGAAGUAAAACACAGUUACGAGGUUGACAUAUGGAGCCUUGGCUGCACUAUUUAUCAGAUGGGUACUGGAAAAAUCCCAUUUCAAAGUUUAGCAGUACACAAAUUCCCCAUUGCAGCAAAGGAGAGAAAGCUAGAAAUUACUCUACCAGAAACUUUCCCACAAAAAUUAAAGGAUCUGAUUUUCUACGCGUGUAAGAUUGAGCCAACGGAUAGGCCAACUGCCAGGGAACUGAAGAAAAAACUAUUAACACUCGGAAAAAGUCAGCAAGACGAAAUUGAUAUUUCAUUAAUCACCGGAACUGUACUUAAUGGAAGUGAUUCUAGCUCAUCAGAAGAUAUUGUUGAAAAAGGGUACAGUUUUCUAAAUAGUGACUUUUUUAACCCACAAUUUCAAGAUUUUCUAAAUGUUGUGAAUGUUAGUGGUGAUGAGUAUUCAGAUACACCCGAAGAAAAUGUUUACGACGAAUAUAACUACUCCGUCAAAGACAACACAUUACUAAAGCACUACAAGGACAUAGUAGACGAAGUAGAUACUAGAAGAGUAGUGCAUUACUUGCUUGGAGAUCGCGUCAUCACGGAAGUGGAGAUGAAAGAGAUUGAAGCUGAAACUACAAAAACAAAAAGAACGGAAAAGCUGCUUCAAAUAAUAAUGGCAAACAACCCACAAUCACACUGUGAUCACUUCAUAAAAGCAUUGGAGUUAGCUGGCUACAAACCUCUUGCUAAGAAGAUUAGAGGAACAGAAGAUCUACAAAAUAAUAUGAAAUCCCUUAAACUUUGGAGUACAGUUUUAACGGAAACAGAUGCAAGUCGUUACGCUAGCGCUUUGGGAAAAGACUGGGAUGAUCUGUUUCUUCAUCUUGGCUUUACAAAAAACGAAAUUGAUGUAGAAUUAAAAGCCUGCAGGAAAAAUGAAAAGCGAACAAUUACCAACCUUCUGAUAAAAUGGAUUCACCGUGAAGGCAAACAAGCGACACACGGUAAAUUUUUAGAAACACUGAACACAACAAUCGAGUACAGCAAGAUUGAAAUUGAUUUGGAGCAUGUCAGUAGAGUUUUUAGAAAAUAUUCCUAGUGUAAAUAUGUUCUGUAAAUCGGUGAAAGAAGAACAAAACAUGGUUAUUUUUUAUUCAAUGUAUAUUUUUAUUUUUUAUCAAUAGAUAAACACCUAUUACUGAUAGUUAUAAAGACAAAUUUAGGUGGAAAAUUGGUAAUUAGUACCCCAUAAGUAGAAUAAUUAAAUAAACCGAGAGUGAUUUCCCCUAAACUUUCGCCAAUAUUCUUAUACACUACGGGGGAUGGCAACUCGGAAUAUAGACAAUUUUUAAUCCAUUUUUAAUUACUUAAACUUUAAAAAAUAUUAUAUAAUCUCGGAAAGAAAAGAAUUGCGUACCAAACAUAUCUGAAUAAUAGUGCGGAAUAUUUUAUGAAUUUAUAUUCAUUUUUUGCGAAAUCGGAAAUCACGUAAAUUACUACUUCCGUUCAACAGAGAUUACUCAAAAUUUGAAAGAAGUCAGAGAAUUAGAUGUUUUAUUUACAUGUGCAAUUUCAUUUAUCUAUCAGAAACAGCAAUUUUGAAAAAUAGAAAGUAGAAUAAGUUUCGCUUAUAUGAAAUUUGAUAUAAUACUUAUAUAUGAAAUUUAAUCAACCUAGCUGUAACGGUACUCAAGUUAUCGUGUUCACAGACGCACAUACACACACACAUGCAUAGACACAUAUACACACAGACAUACGGACAAAGUUGCAAAACUACGUAUUACCGACUAAAGGAGGUGUAAAUCGUCGAGAUUUGUAAAAAUAUCGAUUUUUUUUUUGCACAAUUAUAAUACUUCAACUAUACUUCGUAUACGAGAAAGUAAAAAAAAAACGCUGUUAGAAGGUGUUUUUGUAACGUUACAGCAAACUUAAUUUAACGAAAAAAAUAGUAUCAUGAUUUCAAGAUUUUAAUAUGGAAAGGGAAGAUAAGUUAGAGAAAAAAAUUAACAAACGGUUUUAAUUAACCCCAAAAGCGGCCAAAUAGUACAUAUGGUGAGUCCAAGCGGUACUAAAUUACCUUUGUACUAUAAAUAGCCAUAUCCCAUCAAUAAAUAUAUUAUACAAAUUAAAAAUGAUAUCAUAUCUUCUUGAAGGUCCUUCUCACUAAGUAGGCCUACCUGUGUGGUUUGUUCUCUUUAGAGCUGUGUUUUUUGAUUGUUUUUUUUGUAUCUGUAGAUUUAGAUAAAAUAAUCGGGUCUGUUUUCAUAGUGUGAUUUAUUUGUCCUCUAAAAUUUUCCUCAACGUUAUAUUUGUUCUUUUGUUUCCGAUGUUAUCUGUAGGUAAAGACUGACGUUGUAAGGGAUUUCUUUUAUUCUACUUCCAUUUGCUUGAGUCUUGACAUGCAUUGAUUGCCACGGGUUAUAUUGUUUUACCGAAAUAUCCUAAUAUAUAAAAGACCAUGUGCAACUUAUCUCUCUCUGUCCACAAAAUAUUUUCAGAAACUAUCAGUAUCUUCAGCAAUAUAUGGAGAACUUGAUACUGACUUUUUAAAAAUAAUAUGUUAAAUGUUUUAAAUGUAUAAACUAAAUUUUAUUGAAAGAAGAAAAAUAAAAAUAAAUCAAUAUUCAAGUAUAGAAAUACAAUUUUAAUUAUGCAACCGGAAAAGUGUUUAUUACUUUGACAAGAACGCAAUAAAACAAUGACGUCACAUGUCACAUGUUUAAAUUACGCAAAGAACACAAAACUAAUGACGUCAUCUUCAUAUUUUAGAAUAUGAAAAAAUGAACUAUUUAAUUCAAAUUUGAGUUAGAUCUAUAGAUCUACUUAUCAGCAUGUACGCUAUGAAAUGUAUACAAUUGUCUCGGCCAAAAGUAAUACAACUUACUUUAAAAAAUAACAUAAAUACCAUUGAAUAGCCGGGUUUUUAACGGACCAAUUUAAGUCUCUUUAUAAGUGUGUGCUUUUUGACCAAUCACUAUUUUGUAAAAUAUGUUUCUCAAUUAUGUAUAACAUUAAAUGUAUAAGCCUAAAUUCACGUGUAACGGGUACCGACGGCUAGUGAUUUAAUAGUUAAUUAGAAUGGAUUUGUGGGAACCCUAAAAAAAUAAUUAUACGAAUCUUCUGAUGGACGACCAGCCAUAAAGACAGUCUAGACAUAUAAGCGAAAAUUCGCAACGCACACAAACGGAUUUACCUUUUCUCUUAAAAACCGAUUUCGCCAUUUUUGUCAGCACACAAAUUUCAUCAUCUAGAAUAUUCUAGAACGAUUUCAGCGUAUUUCUGCAAUUUACUAACGGUCAGCUGU